AUGCCCAUCGAAGACUCCCCCUCCACAAUGGCCCUCGCCGCUAAAGGACCGAUCCACUUCGGUCCAUUCGUCGUCACAUCCCAGGUCUUCCACAUCACCCCCCUCUCCUUCGCCCUUGUCAACCUCAAGCCCAUCCUCCCAGGCCACGUCCUUGUCUCCCCGCGCCGCAUCGUCCCCCGCGUCUCCGACCUCACCCCCUCCGAAACAACAGACCUCUUCCUGACCGUCCGCCGCGUGGGUCGCAUGGUCGAGCGCGUCUACGGCGCAAGUAGUCUAAACAUUGCCGUGCAGGAUGGGGUAGAGGCGGGGCAGAGCGUGCCGCAUGUGCAUGCGCAUAUCAUCCCGAGGAAGAAGGCGGACUUGGAUGCCCGUGGAGGGACGGAUGCUGUUUAUGAUAUGCUAGAUGGGGAGGAGGGCGAUCUGGGGAGGCAUUAUCGGCAGAAGAUGACGAGGUUUCCCGCGGUUGAUAAUGAGGCGAGGACACCGAGGAGUAUGGAGGAGAUGGAGGCCGAGGCGAGGAUGCUGGCUAAGGAGAUGGAGGCCGAGGAGGUGGAUUGA